GUCAACAACUUAGUGUGGCUGGCCGAUCAGAUGUUCGGCGAUGGUGCAGGGGUGGCGAAAGUUUAAAAAGUUAUCGCUGCUCGACUUUCCGGAUGGACGAAGAACGUAGGCAUCGCUAGCCAACUGCAUCGACACCAAAACACCGGCGAGGCAGGCCCACAUGAUUGCGCGCCUGGGUAGAACACCAGAGCUAUGGAUAUCGGGGAGAAGUUUCGGAGGGUCAAACGACUCUGCGAUGGCUACCUGUCGCAUGCUCAUUACCACCCGAAACUCGUGCUUAAGAGAUCGAGGAAAAUGUUGUUGCUCGUUAUGAUGGCCCUUGCACUGGUUCUGUACAUCGGGCCAUCUCUGUUUCGAUGGGUGAGGCGAAAGACGCCCAUCAUGAUUGAUCCGAGCAUCGGAUGUGUGGCACUGAACGUUGACCCAUUUCUGAGAGACGUCGGGGAGUUCGAUGCCAGUUUAUAUCGUAGCUACGAGAGCUCUACUGACAAACAACUUCUCUCGUUCGUCGGAAAUGGCAAAAUAGGCUUUUCCGUCGACGACGACAACACCCUGUUCAUUUUCAACAACAGGACUUUGUCCCUUGCCUUGCCGUUUCAUCCUGGUGUAGAGAUCACGUACCCGCAAGCCUCCCAUCAAGAAGGCAAUGUCAUACACUUUGUAAAAGGCACUGUCUUUAGGUAUCAGUGUUUCAACAAGAGGAGAAAAACAAUCAGUGUCAGUCACACCUACUAUGCCCAUCGAACAAUACCGUCCUUACUUGUCCAAACUGUCAAGAUUGUCAACCCUCUGUCGGAUCCAAUCACGUUUGGCAUCGAGCAGAAAGGUUCUACUACCGAGAACCUGCAAGCAAAGCCUCUUGGUAUCAAGGAUCGCUACGGCCAGGAAAAUAUCAUCUGGCAUGGCAAGGUCUCGCCAGGCGUAAGCAAAGACACCGUCAUUGCCUUCGCACUUGUCACUCCAAAGUUGCCAAACACAGUCACAGUUGAACCAAAGAGUUCCACAGUGCUCAAGAUACAGACUCUGGUGGAUUACUCUCUGCCUGUAAAGUCAAAAGACUACCCAUCUGCAAUCUCACAGCUUCAAUCUUUUCUCAAGGAGGAAAUGCAGAGAGUCGUGAGCAUCGAAAGUCACAUUCUGCGCAAUAUGCACGUCGAUGCGUGGAGCCAGUUGUGGAGCACUGGCUUCGGCAUCAGCCAGUCCAAAGCAUACGGUGCGCUCAAUGGGGACGUCAUCAAUGGCACCAUCUACUACAUACUGUCCCACGUGCGUGCCUUGGCGUCCGAGUGGAACACUGGUCCGGCGGAACACCGGGAGCUGCAAGCACUUCUUGCCUACCCGGAACACUGCUACGGUGGCCACCACACCCUGCAAGCCUCAACCCUGUGGGCUGACCUGACAAGCCUGUCUUCAGUUACAAACGCAGUAAACUUAUGGAUGCUCACCUUGGAGAACCAGGGCUGUUCGAAACUGAUUAAAACAGGUGCGGAAGGCGUGUUGCAAGCCGUGGUGUUGAGCCUGGGUGCCUUCCUGUUCAAGGACAGCCACCUGGAGCUCAACAUUCAGCCAAAAGACUUGCACCGAGAACUCUUCUUUCGCCGCAUCAGCUAUGGCAAUGCCACGCACCUCAACGUGAGCGUUGUGCUGGGCGAUGACAACAAGGCACUCCUGCAGGUUUGGCUUGACCGGAGUGACCGGGACUACUAUGCGUGUGAUGGUGGAUGCCUUGACCCACCUGUGAAGCUUGACUUCAAGGCAAAGCAAUUCCCGGUGAAAGUGACUGAGCCCAUGACGGCUGUUCUGUACAUUACUGCAGACCUUGAGCACAUGAAGGAGCUCAGUCAAACCAUACACGUCAAAGAGGUGGUCGAAGCGCCGGCGCACGAACACCAUGUCAUUGCAUUGCAUCGGCACGGCCAUCAACUUGGAGGCCUGCCGGCUCUCUUCUGGGUGUCCAUCACUUUCCUUAUCGUGGUCUUUCACCUGUUCCUGGCAAAGCUCAUCUAUAACGAAUACUGCGGUUCCUCGCAAGAGAAGACAAGGGGACGAUAUGUGGUGUGACGCAGUGCGUCGUCAAGAACAGCGUUUCGUGUGGACCAGCGCUUCAAGUGUCGUGUGGGUGAGAGAACCUUGUGAGUGAAUGAUCUGCGAUGGCGCAGAGACCGUCGGAUGUGGACGCGACAAACGUCUGUGUACCUAGUGUCCCGCUCGGCGUCAGUCUAGCCAAGUUGUAAAGUACGUUCUCCUGCAAGCUUCGCGUGCCAGUGUUUUUUCAUCACCAACACUGCCACUUUUCUGGUUGAACCAAAGUGGCCUGGUUUCACCUCUGGUGUGAAGUGUGUACAUAUGUCUAGAUACUUUGCAUACAGACACAGCGAUGUAUGUUCAGGUGCCGUAUUGGAUGUGAACUCCAGAGGCAUGUUUGUUGUUAUUAUGAUCGUUAUUAAUAUUGGUGUAUCAAUAUAGCUCGCUUCGGUAGAAUUGGGAUAUAAAUAUGCUAACCUUUUCUUUUGCUUGUGAUAAUUGCUUCUCACUUGAAUCUGUAAAUCAAGGCUGUUUGGUUUCAGGGCAAAGAGAUUUUGCGUGUUGCUUAAAUUCGAGCUAUAGGUGAAGGAGUCUCGUUGAGGUUAAAGUUAUUGUGAGCUCUGAUAAUCAAGCUUAAAAAUUAUAUUUGGAGGUGCAGUAUUCAUAGAAAACAGUGUUAAAUGUGGAAGUUUGGUUUUGUUAAUGCGAAUAAUCUGUAUUUAGUGUCCUUUAAGGUGUGAGAAACUGUUUUCAGAGUCUGCAUCUGACAGUGCAAUGUAAUGUAUUGUGAACUUAUCGUAUUUAUUGUCUCUACAUGUGGUUUUGGCAAGCUUGACAUCAAUCAUGCUAUGCGAAGUAGACCAUCCUUUUGUUUCCAUUUCUAGCACCUUCUAGAUUUUGUUGUACAUGAUCAGUUGGGAUAUGUAUGGUGUACAAAAGUAUGCUAAGUAGAGCGCUAUACAAAAUUUCACUUCCACUUUUGCAACUGUCCGAGGUAACUUUGAUAAUGUGGCACAAUAAAGCACAGGUGGAAUUACAUGAAUGUAAAUAAGGUCAUGGUUGUUUCUUGUGCGGGUUCAAUAAAUUUACUCGAGGUUUAGCUGCUACACUGUAUCUACCUGUCAUAUUUGUAUACAGUCAAACCUCACUAUAAUAAAUUUUUGGUUAUAAUGAAUAAAAA